AUGGCAACAACUUCUUCAUGGAUACCACCGACGGAGGCUUCCUCUUCCCGACAACCUGUUCGUGAUCAAUUCGAGAUGCAACCAUUCCCUCCGUCAACGUCAACUCAACCAUUCCCCACCCGACCUCCACCAACUGCAGCAGCACCACAGAUGGACCCAGGCCCAUCAUGGCCGUUAUCAGGACCGCCUCCAUCCGGAAUGCCUCCAUCAAACCCAGCGGCACCUUCAAAUGAACCGCCUCUCACUAGUCGUCCACCACCAAACUCGAUCGAGCCUCCAACUCAACCUCUUUCAAUACGGGCCCCUCCACAACACUCGACCAUGCCUCCAGGUCAAGCAGUCACCACCAAUUUCAGUCAACCGCUCACAGGGCCAGCUCCCGGAGAAACACCAGCUCAAGCGGAGCAACGACGUCAUCAGGAGACCUUGGCCAACAGUCAGCAGCAACAUCGAGAAAAUCUAGCCAACACUCAGCAAUAUCAGCAGCAGACUCUCGCCAAUUCUCGGCAGCAACAUCAGGAAACUCAGCAGAACGUCCGGAAGGGAUGGGGAGUUACCACAAAAGCCACUGUGGGCGGCGCAGUCGGUGCGUCCACGGUGGGCGGCGCUUUUCUUCUCGGAUCUAGAUUUGUGCCUUCACCAGACGCUUCAAAAAGCAGUCCACAACCAUCAGCAACGCCCAACGGUGCUGGCCCCGGCACAAACACAACCACCAUGCAUCCUGGAAUGGCACAACCCACCCUGAAUGGCCCUGCCAACACGACUGGACCGAACUACAUGCAACACGCCACGCCCAACGGUGUGCCGCCAAAGAGAGAUCCAAACGCUUUGAGCCCAGAGGAUAUCAAUCGUCUUGGCAAGCCUCCGCCACCAGAUAUCACCGUCACUCCAACACCUCCGGCAGCGCAACCGUCACAACCCUCGCAGCCACCACAGCCACCGCAGAAGACUCCUGAAACACCGGCACAACCGCAGACGGAUCCGAACAAGCGGUUCGACCCCAACGCCGCUUCACAGCCGAAUGGUCCGGCAGCACCGGCAGCACCAGCGAAACGACCCAAACGAUUCAGAGCCUGA